GGGCGCCUCUGCGGCGGCGCCCCCCGCCUCUUCCUGCUCCAGGGACCAGAAGAGGACCAGGAGUCCGAGUCGGAGCUGACCGUAACUCAGCUGAAGGCCCUGCGCAAGCAGCAGCAAGAACGACUGGAGAAGACGAUGCUGGGGGAGGACUCUGACGAGGAAGAUGAAAACGAGCAGAAGAGAACGGAGAGCAAUCCCAACAGUGACCUGAGCUGCUCCUGGGGAAUGGGGGAGGAUGCUGAGGACGAUGAGGCUGAAGAAAACCCUAUUGCUAUUGAAUUUCAGGAGGCACAUGAUGCCUUCUAUAUGAAAGAUCCUAGAAAGGCCCUGCAGGGCUUUUUUGACAGAGAAGGAGAAGAGCUAGAAUAUGAAUAUGAUAAUCGUGGGCACAAUAGCUGGCUGUGCAGAGUCAAAUUGCCUGUGGACGACGCAUCAGGGAAGCAGCUGGUGGCAGAGGCUCUCCACACAGGCAAGAAGAAAGAAGCAAUGGUGCAGUGUGCACUGGAAGCGUGCAGGCUGCUGGAUGCGAGGGGAGUGCUGCGGCAGGAAGCAGUAUCCCGCAAAAGGAAAACAAAGAACUGGGAAGAUGAGGAUUUUUAUGACAGUGAUGAUGAUACCUUCCUUGAUCGAACUGGUGCUGUAGAAAAGAAACGACUCAACAGAAUGAAAAAAGCUGGUAAAAUAGAAGAAAAACCAGACACAUACGACACUCUGGUCAAAAAAUUAAAUGAAGCUGAAAAUGAGCUUUCUGAGAUAACAGCAAAGUUGAAGGCUUCAGGGAAAGGUAAGGCAUGA